AUGGCGAAUAGGAUGAGAAUGGUCUUGGAUGGUGUUAUUUCGGACUCCCAAUCGGCUUUCCUCAAGGGGAGAUUCAUUCUUGACGGUCCUCUUAUCGUCAACGAACUCAUUUCCUGGAUUAAAAAGAAUAAAAAGAAGGGUUUUUUUCUAAAGAUCAAUUUCGAAAAAGCCUACGACAAUGUGAAUUGGAAGUUUGUUAUCAGUAUUUUAUCCCAAAUAGGAUUCCCCGAACUGUGGUGUAAAUGGACCCUGGUGCCAAAAAACGCAGACCUCAUUAAAGGUAUUUCCACUCCCUUCGAUGGUCCCAAUAUCUCUCAUCUCCCCUACGCGGAUGACUCUAUUGUUAUGGGAGAGUGGGAUAAGCAGGAAGUGGUUAAUAUAGUGAGAGUGCUUCGGGUUUUCUUCAUAUGUUCAGGUCUUAAAACCAAUAUUGACAAAUCCAACUUAUAUGGUAUUGGUGUAGGAACGGAAAAUAUAAUUGAUAUGGCUAAUGUGGUGGGGUGUAGACCGGAUUAUUUUCCUUUUAAAUACCUCGGCCUUACGGUUAGGGCGAAUAUGAAUAGGAUCGUUAACUGGAGUCCUGUUUAUGAUAUUUUUCGUAACUGGUUGGCUAGGUGGAAAUCUCAAUUGCUUUCGAUUGGUGGAAGGGUCGUCAUCAUUAAGUCGGUUUUAGAAAGCUUGUCGUGCUAUUAUUUCUCGUUAUACAAAGCCCCUAAGAAGGUGAUCUCGGACCUUGAAUCUAUGAUUAAGAAAUUUUUAUGGGGAGGGUCGUCAGAGGAAAAAAAGAUGCAUUGGAUCAAUUGGGAUCGGGUCUCGAGUCCUAAAAAAAUGGAGGUUUAG